AUGCUAUCCGAAGUAUCCGAGCCUUCGGACUCUGUGAAGUCACUGACCAAGUGCCAAGCGACAGAAACUCUAACAAAAAAGGUCAAAGGUCCGGGCCCAUCUUCCGAUCUCACAAGCAGUCAUAAGAAAACCAAGAAACAAUGGCUUAUCUAUAGUUUGCAGAUAAUCAGAGUAGUUUUUAUGGUGAUAACCUUCUUGUUAUCGGCAAUUUCGAUAGUCAUCACCCAGCUUGUCUUCAAAUGGGCGUUUCAUUAUCAAUUCAAUAUCAAGCAAGGUGUGUUUGCCCUCACCAAAAAGCAUUUCGUGGUAUUAAUCACCGCUAUUAUGAACGCCGUCUGCCCAUCACGUAUAAGAGUUACAGGUGAAUUAUCCUCAAUGCCAAAGGGAACAUUCACUAUCAUAAAUGGUGAAUUGCAUUCAGCAUUGAUCCCAAGAUCGACUGUUAUUGCCAAUCAUCAAAUCUACACUGAUUGGGCAUUUCUUUGGUGGGUUGCCUAUUCUGCUAACCUUGGUGACUCGGUCUACAUCAUUUUGAAAGAUUCAUUAAAGAAGAUCCCAAUUUUGGGAUACGGAAUGGAAAACUUCAAGUUCAUAUUUUUAUCGAGAAAGUGGGAAAAAGAUCAACAAACCCUUAGAACCCUGUUGAAGAGAUUGAGUUUUUUGAACACUGUCGGGACCACCAACGAUUAUAAAAACGAUAUCGAUGUCCAGCAAAUAGAUGGUAAUGCUGGUGGUGAUAAGCUCAAAUGGCCAUUCUGCUUGAUUCUUUUCCCAGAAGGUACCAAUAUGUCACCUUCAAGACGUGAGGUCUCUGAUAAAUACUGUGCCAAGCUAGGCAUACCAAAAUUACAAAAUGUUUUGUUACCAAGAGCCACUGGGCUUAGAGAAUCUUUGAAGCUCCUCAAAAAAUCCUGUGACGUAGUUUAUGAUGUGACUAUUGGAUAUAGUGGAGUUAAAAAGGAUGAAUAUGGCGAAAGUAAUUACACUUUGGGAAAUGUUUUCAUUAGAGGAAAGGCUCCAAAAAUAACGGAUAUGUAUUUCAGAGCCAUUAGAUUGGAUGAGGUUCCGUUGGGACUGGAUGAUUUGAGUGAGGUGGAUGAAGCACGCUCACUUAAGGAUUUUGAAAAAUGGCUAUUCGAUCUUUGGUACUCGAAAGAUGUGUUAAUGAAUACCUACUAUAAAUAUGGUACUUUCACCCCUGAUCUUGUGGUCACUGGUGAAAGUGAUAGCAAACAGUACAACAUAAAUUCGAAGUAUGAGGUGGCUAUUGCUCCUUUAAAGCCAAGAAGCCAUUGGGAAUUCCUUCAAGUAUUUGCUGUUCCUGCAUCUAUCCUUUUAAUUGGCAGAUUGUUGAUAAAAUUUAUUGUGAGCCUCAUUUAG